GUCCGACGGUGGAACUGGACUGAAAUAUUUACUUUGGUAAAGUCGGGAGAUUGAAAAUAAAUUAAUUAUUGUUAAUAUUUAAGAAGGUGUAAAUAUUUAAAUUUCUAAUUUCUUCUAGUAAUUAAUUUUUAUAUUUAAUUGUUCAUAUAAAUAAUAUAAUUUUAUAAUUAUAUAAUUAUAUACACAAAAUGGUUCAUUUGGGUCCAAAAGCUCCUCAACAUAGAAAGGGUUCAUUUUUUGAUGUUCCUGAAGUUUUAGUUCAUGAAUUACAUAAAUUAGAAUCUUUAUUAACAGUAUCUGCUGGAACUUUAAAGAAAAUUACUGAUCAUUUCAUAACUGAAUUAGAAAAAGGUUUAACUAAACAAGGUGGGAAUAUUCCUAUGAUUCCAACUUGGGUAUUAGAUUUCCCAACUGGUAAAGAAAAAGGUGAUUAUUUAGCCAUUGAUUUAGGUGGAACUAAUUUAAGAGUUGUUUUAGUUAAACUUGGUGGUAAUCAUGAUUUUGAUACUACUCAAUCUAAAUAUGCUUUACCAGAAGGUAUGAGAACUGCUAAAAAGGAAGUUUUAUGGGAUUUUAUUGCCGAAUGUUUAAAGAAAUUUGUUGAAGAAGAAUUUCCUGAAGGUUGUACUGCUCCAUUACCUUUAGGUUUUACAUUUUCUUAUCCUGCAACUCAACAUUCUAUUAAUAAUGGUAUAUUACAAAGAUGGACUAAAGGUUUUGAUAUAGAAGGUGUUGAAGGCCAUGAUGUUGUACCUCAAUUACAAGCUUCUAUUGAAAAAUUCGGAGUUCCAAUUAAUGUUGUUGCUUUAAUUAAUGAUACAACUGGUACUUUAGUUGCUUCAAUGUAUACUGAUCCAGAAGCUAAAAUGGGUUUAAUUUUUGGUACUGGUUGUAAUGGAGCAUAUUAUGAUGUUGUUAAGGAUAUUCCAAAAUUAGAAGGUAAAUUAGAAUCUGAUGUUUCACCUGAUUCUCCAAUGGCAAUUAAUUGUGAAUAUGGAGCCUUUGAUAAUGAACAUCUUGUAUUACCAAGAACUAAAUAUGAUAUUCAAAUUGAUAAAGAAUCCCCAAGACCAGGUCAACAAUCAUUUGAAAAGAUGAUUUCUGGUUAUUAUUUAGGAGAAGUCUUAAGAUUAAUUUUACUUGAAUUGGCUUCUGAACGUCAAUUAAUAUUUAAAAAUCAAGAUUUAACAAAAUUGAAUAAACCAUUCAUUUUAGAUACUUCAUUCCCAUCUAAAAUUGAAGAAGAUCCUUUUGAAAAUUUAAGUGAUGUUGAAGAAUUAUUCAAUUCAGUAUUACAAAUUCAAACGACUGCUCCAGAAAGAAAAAUCAUUCGUCGUAUAGCCGAAUUAAUUGGUGAAAGAUCUGCUAGAUUAUCUAUUUGUGGUAUUGCAGCCAUUUGUAAAAAGAGAGGUUAUAAAACUGCUCAUGCUGCUGCUGAUGGUUCAGUAUAUAAUAAAUAUCCUGGAUUUAAAGAAAGAGCUGCUAAGGGUUUAAGAGAUAUAUUUGAUUGGGAAACUGAAGAAGAUCCAAUUAUAAUUGUUGCUGCUGAAGAUGGUUCAGGUGCUGGUGCUGCCAUUAUUGCAGCUUUAACAGAAAAAAGAUUAAGAGAAGGUAAAUCGGUAGGAGUUAAAGUAUAAACAGAUUCUAUGAUUUUAUCUUAUUCAAUUCUUCUCUAACCCAUUGAGUAUAUAUUUAUGUGUUACUGUACCUUUAUAGAAUGUAAAUGGAUGCAUAUAUUAGACUUUUUUUUUGUGUGUUUUUGUGCGCCAUGA